ACUUACGAAGCCGAAAAAACACAACCUAAUUAACAGCUGCUGAACCUCCUUCGACCGCCCGUGGCCGAGUGACGACCGACGAUGGACUGACAUCGUAAAGGCCCAAAGGGGGUUUAACAACUUCGAAACUCUGCACUCCAUUGUUUCGAUUCCCAUUUCUACGUUCUUCGCCGCCAUUUUCCCUCCUCUCUGCUGCAUGAUGGAGGCUGUGAGACUGCGAGUUUCGUUCAAAGACAAGGACCUACUCACCGAUUCCCUCACCGGGUUGAGCCGCAGCUGGAUUUUCCUAAAACCUCAUCUCCGAACUAUUUCCGACUUAUCCUCCUACAUCCUCUCCGUUUUCCGUCUUCACGAUGCUUGUCCCAACGGUGUCAUCCUGUCUAUGGAUGGCUUUGUGUUACCUCCAUUUGAGUCGGUUUGUAUCUUGAAGGAUAGGGACAUUGUCAGAGUGAAGAAGAAGAAAAGUAAGGCAACUAUUCUGGGCGAAGGUGACAGAUUGAUCGAAACUGAGGAGUUCAGGGAGAGGAAACCUGUUGACAAUGGAGUGAAAUUUCUGGCUGAUAAGGAGUUUGAAAAUGAAUCUAAUGGGUAUGAGAGUCAAUCAGAGGAAGAUGAAACUAAUGCUACUUUGCCGGUGAAAGCUGUGCCAGUAGGAAAAAAAGUGUCCAAAAAAAGGAAAGCUUCGAAGAUUAUUCACAAUUCAAAGAGGAAGAAAAAUAAAUCUUCCCCUACUGAAGAAUUUCCAACUAUCAUAGCAGAUGUUCGGCACACUGAUGAAAAGCAUGAAGAAAGAAACCAUCUGAAGUCUAACCUCCCACAAAAGGUCCUAGUAAGCAAAAAGGAUUCAUCCAGCAGUUCUAGCGAAUGUGAUUCCGAUACAUCCAGCAGCAUUGAAAUUGGUGGAAAAAGCAACAAUAUUAUUAAGUCAACUACCAAUGCAGAGAGGGUUGAUCAGCUUGGAGCUGGCCGGACCCAUGUUGAGUUGUCUGACACAGCUGGUGAAAGUAAAAAGGGUCCUAGUAGAAGUACUCGCCGUAAGAAGGCAAAAAGGCGUUGGCUGAGGGAAAGAGCUCAAAAUGAAGAGCAACAGCAACAGUUAUUUGAAACAAAUUUAGAUCAAGGGCCAAGUCAAAAUGAUGAUGUUGAUAUGGAUGAUGACACUGUUCCUGUGGUAGUUAAGCCAGGUCACAUUCGAUUUGAGCCAGUUGGAAAAGUUGUGACGGAUCAGGCUGGGCAGGAAAAGGAAAACCAUUUCCCUAAGGAAACAUUGCAUUGGAAUGGCAUCACCAACAAGAAGAAGGGCCAAAAAUGGGGCAAAGAGAAAACUCCAUCUUGGAAGAGGAACAAUUCUAACGUUUGUACUAGCGAACCUCUUCAAUUACUUUCUGAAACUGAGCAACCUAAAACUCCGGUUCCUGUAGUUGGUUCAAUAAAUUUUGAUGAACUUCGACCGUACACUGGCUUGCCUCAGGAAGGUGAUUUAAUUGCAUAUCGUUUGAUUGAGUUAUCAUCAACCUGGACACCUGAGAUUUCCUCCUUCCGAGCUGGAAAAGUAUCAUGGUACGACACGGAAUCCAAUCGGAUUAUGCUCAUACCAGUUCCAGAAUAUCCAAUACCUGUGAAGAAGGAGAUAGACGAGGAUUCUGAAUUACAAUCGGAUACAACCCCGUAUGGGGAAGAUGGCUCUUUAAAGAUAGAUUUUGCCUCUCUCGUUGAUCUUCGGCUUAUCAGGCAAGGAAACUUGGAUUCUUCGAGAACUGCAGUUAACCAGGAAAUCACUUCUAAACAAAUUGCAGAAAGUUCCAAGCAUGUCCAUAACAAUGGAGAUGCCAACGACACUAGACAAGGUAAUGGAAAAGUAAGUGCGUGGGAUGAAAUCAGCGAGGCUCUGAGUGCAAAGAAAGUGGAACUUUCUAAGAAUAAUGGUUGGAAUCAAGAAGAGAGUUCAGGAAGGAAGUCUUGGUCCUAUAGAGCACUCAGAGGCAGCGCCCUCGGUCCAACAAUGGCUCUCUUAAGAUCUCAAAAAGAACUCUAAAUAAAAUCUUCUGGGUCCAAACGACGUACAUGUACAUUUGCUCCCCAGAAGACACGCUCUUGUCAAGGUUGUGUUUGUUAGAAUCUGCAGGUGCUAGUUUUCUGUGAUGGUGCUGCCUAUGACCAUCAAGUUCAGACUGAUUUGCGAACUGUGGAAGUGACAUUUUGUGGUUGGAAAUGGGUGACAAAUUUGACCGAGUAGAAUUAUAUGCCAGACCGACUAAGGUCCUGCACAGUCAAAUCUUAUUUAAGCUGUUGAUGGAGCUUCGAAGGAUGUAAAUCUGUAGUUUUGUCAAAAUGGAAAGCAGCUCUCCCAAAUAAUAUAAUACAUGGGAAUAUCGGUAGCUUGAAUAUUUAUAUCUUGUGAAACUAUAUAAAUAGUCUAAGUAUGAAUUUAUCUUAUGUAGUGUUAGCAUCUGAAGAUUCACUUCGACAACAAAGGGGACUAAAUUGCAAAUCUAAACCCAAGAUUUUUGUUUAA